ACCCUCUCAUUUCUUCUCUAUUGCUAGUAAUGCAAGCAUUUAUUCGUCAAAUUUUUACAUUUUGUGAGCUAUUAUAUUAGUUAUCUUACCUCAAAAAAGACUACAGACUAGCCUAACUGCAUAUGAAACUUUUCUUCUUUGGGAAAUGAAACGAAACGUAUUGAAUCAUUCUUAUCGUGAUGAAAAAUUGAGAUCAUCACACAGUGAAAAUUAUGAGACUAAUUUACGAAGAACAGAAGAAGAAAGAUUACGGCGUAGGCGCGAAUGGAUUAUAGAACAAGAAAAGCUACGAGAACAUGAAAAGUUGAAGGAGAAGAAGAUCUUAGAAUAUGAGAUACGUCGUGCUCUCGAGAAAGGUUUACCACUGCCCAAGGGAAGAUUUUCACAUCACAGUUGCAAUAAGAGUAAAAGUAAAUCCCCGGAAAGUCAACACAGAACUGUUGCUACAUCAAGUAGACCCAAUACAUCUAUAUUAUCUAAAAAAUUAGAACCAUCAGAUGGUAUAACACCUUUAUUUAAAGGACCAGAAGGCAUACAAGUUAGUGCUGCAGAACUACGAAGAAUCAAAGUAUAUAUUCACAGAAAUUCAUUCACGGAAGAUAUCCAAAGGAAUGUAUCAAACGAAGCAACAACUGAUGAUCUACAACGAGAUAUUAUCAAUCCUGAAGAUAUUGUGGUCAAAGGAAGAGAGGGAGAAGGAUCCAAAUCUACAUUUGAGAGAGAAGAAAUAAAAAGUGUAACAGUUAAAACAGAAGAAAUUGUGGAACAUCGUACAGCUGUUGCUAUAAAUAAUGAAAAUUUGGAAAACAAGCCGGAGGCGAAUAAAAAAUAUACUACUUCUUCAAGAAGUCGAAGUCCUCGAUAUAGAUCGUCCCAUCGUACCAGGUAUAAAGAUUCAAAACAUAAUAACAGGGAUAGUUACAGAAAUGAUAGAGACAGAGAUCAUAGUAGAGGUGGAAGUAGAGAGUAUAAAGAAAAAGUCAGGCAACAUAGUCAAUUGCACACUGCAGAGGAAAAGCAUCUGCGAGAAAGAAAAAGUCAUAGAGAUAAUUUACAUUCAAGGGAAGGAGAACAAAGGGCAUGGGCCAAAGAUUCUCAUGACAGCAACAAGUCAUCUAAAGACGAAAGACCUUAUCAAGAAAAAUCGAAAGAGCGAUUCCGAGAAAGAAGAGAAAGAGAACGUAGGGUACUUCCAUCACAUUAUAUUGAACACAUUCCUGUUCCUGUUUAUUAUGGAGGUUUUCCUCCGAGACCAAUAAUAGUUGGACCUUUGGUUCCAAUUCAAAGGCAAGUACCACCUUUAGGAGGAACUAGGUAUAUGAUGAGUCCAUUAAGACCAUUUGCACCACGAUUUAUUCAGCCAGAUAUAUAUAGAUUUUGUCCACUUCCAAGUCCUAGAUUUAGGCCAAUGUAUUAAUGGAGGAUUUAUGAUGAAUGGAAAAUUACCAGAUUAAAUAUCAGACAUUUUACAAAAACUAAAAUUCUUCGAAGUAUCAUAGUGAAGUAGAUUAUCUUUAACACGUUGACUGACACAAUUGACCCGUAUUCGGGUGUCAGCAAAGUUUCUGAUCAGGCCACGUAACCCACAUUCGGGUGUCGCUUAUUUGACUACUUGCGAAGAAUCGUCGUAGUUAUUUGAAAAGAUAUUCCAUAAUAAUAAAACUGUUGAAUUGUUAUAAAAGUAAUACGAAAAUGGUUUAUUAAAAAAAUUAUUUAGAAUGUAAAAUUUUAAAGCAUUCUAUACAUAGCUGAGGUUGGUCGGAACAAUUUGGUCAAUAAGUUAUUGUUUUCUUCAAAUUCUUUUGUGCCUUUGUUCGGUUCAUUCGACGUGUUUUAUUUGCAUAGCAUAGUUUGCAUGCGCGUCUAAUGCUUCUUCCGGAAUCAUAAGCCUCGUAAAAGCUUUCUUUUUCACUGCUAUUUGACUUACUAAGAAAUAAGUUUUCAAUUUUUCUUUUCGACAUUGUAAUGAAUUAAGGCAGAGA